AUGUACAUAGAAGAAUUCUUUGGCUUUAUUGCGUUGGUUACAACUAUAGUUGGGUUAUUACCUCAAGUAUAUAAAGCACACGUCACUAAACUUACUCGUGAUAUAUCAAUGCUAAUGUUAGUGAACUGUCUUCUUUGUUCAUUAUCUUGGCUUGGCUAUGGUCUCUGUCAAGGUUCACUUUUUGUGAUAUCUAGCAAUAUUGCUGCAUCAGUAGUAAGUAUAGUUUCAAUUAUCCAAAAAUGUUAUUAUGACGCAAAAUCUUCAGGAAGCACUUCAUAACCAUCACAAACAGCUAGAGAAGCACGUGGCAUGCUUAUAGAAGGAUAAAUUUAGCGUUGCAUUUUAAAUACACAUGUUAUACCCUAAUGUAUAUUUAUUAUGAACAAUUUUUAGUGGAGGCUAGAGUUAUGCAUAUAGUGCAAAACCCAGAAAAAUGUAUUAAGAAUCUUAUUCCAGCUUAUAAAAACACUGGGAGUAAGAUAGAUCAAAUAAUAGGUGAAUUCACAAAGAAAAGUAAAAUAGGCUUGAUGUGGGAUUCUAAAGUACCUGAAAAAGAUAAAAAGAAGCAUGCGCUUGCAUUUUAUGACAACUUUAGUUGGCGUGGAGUAUCAAGUAUAAAUAUGGUAACUAACACAGUAACAGAACUUUAUGUUCUUUAUGACGAAUUUGAGAAGAAAACUCAAGAGAUAGAUAGAAUUAUGUCAAAGCAAGGCAUAAAUGUUGCUGAACCUAAAAUCAACGAUUUGAUCUUUCAAUUAAAAGAGACCAUAGAAAAAGCAAAAAGAAAAAAAAAAUGAGACCACAAGUAGCACGGUUUAUAAUUUAAAUAAGGAGCUGAUAGCGGUUCAAAGUCAGGUAGUAAGCAAUUUGCAGUCUAUUCAUUGGGAGAUUUCACAAAGAAGAAAUCUUACUGCAGCAGAUCAACUGGCACAAGGUGUAGAUCUAAAUGAAGAGUGUAGAGGACUUCAUGAAGAAUAUGAAAAUCGCAACAGAGAACUUGAAAUGGAGAACCAAGUGUUAAGGGAAGAAAAGCAAGUGUUGGUAGAGGAAAAGCAAGUAUUGGCGGAGGAAAAGCAAGUAUUGACGAAGGAAAAGCAAGUAUUGGCGGAGAAAAUGCAAGUAUUGGUGGAGAACAUACUAGUAUUGAUGGAGGAGAACCAAGUGUUAAGAGAGGAAAAGCAAGUGUUGGUGGAAGAAAGGCAAGUGUUGGCGGAAGAGAACCAAUGGCUAACACAAAGACUUGAGGGUCUCGAAAAAAAAGUUGCGACAUUUAUGCAAAACGUAAUUGUAGAAAAUGGCAUAUUACAACGCAGGUUAUAAUGCAAGAGGAAGCAAUAAAAUUUCUUACUGAAUACAGAAAACACCAAGUAUUAUGGUGGGGCUUCGGCCCNGCGAGAAAAAAUUUGAUGUUACAGAGUUUUUAGUUAAAAAGGACAAAUAUCAAUGCGCUGAACUGCUGAUGGAGUUUAGCGAUAGAAAAAAAUAUUGGUGGUUGCCAUGGGGUAAAAAGAUUACAGAUACUACUUUCAACAAGACAACAUGUCGUUGGGCAUUUGAAUAUCACAAUUAUUCAUGGUUUUGGCGGGUAAUUCUUGGCUUGUUUACUCCAGUUUUGCUGCACCGCCAAGUUUUAAAGUGGAUUAAUAUUGGAUAUGGAGGGUAUAUGUAUAGAAGUAAUGGUCAGACGAUUGUAAAAAGUUAUUUAACAAUCGCUGCUGAUUUUAACACUGUUGGCGGGACAUUAAAAUCGCUCGGAUUUUCUGAGCCAUUGGAGGAGGGGCAAGAAGAAGUGCCGCUAUUGCAGCAACUUGAUGAUAGUCUUGAGAUGGUAAAGAGGAACAUGAAAACUGCAGAGCAACAUAGGCAAUUUGUUGCUGAGAUUGAUAAAAAAAUGAAAAAAUCAUCUCUGAAAAUUCACUCAGAUAAGGUAAAUGCUGGUGACGAUAAGCAAGCGGCCCUAAAUGCUUGCAGAUCACUAAUUAAAAAUGCCAGUGAAUUUUUUUUAGACUAUAUUCAUGCUGAUUUUAAAUAUGAACAUUACAAUAAAAUGAAAAUUAAUUCAUUGGGUGUGAUAAAUUUGCUAAAUGUCAGAUUUUUGGCGAAGCUGGGUCCAAUAUCGAGAAUAAAACAAGAAGAGAUAAUAACCUAUACACAUAAAUUUUUAAAGGCAAGUCGUAGUAGUCUGGAGCAGUUCAUAAAAAGCAGAUCUUGUGACGGUUAUAGUAGUGAUUGGGCGCAAUAUACGUUUGAACAACACAGGGACGACGCAUUGAAUUACUUAACAUCAUGCAUUGAAGGAUGUGAAAAAUUUGACAGCCAAUGUGAAGAGAUACUGGAAGAAUGUAGGCAAGAUGCCAAGUUGCAUGACCNGUUGGCGGGACAUUAAAAUCGCUCGGAUUUUCUGAGCCAUUGGAGGAGGGGCAAGAAGAAGUGCCGCUAUUGCAGCGACUUGAUGACAGUCUUGAGAGGGUGAGGAGGAAUAUGGAAACUGCAGAGCAACAUAGGGAAUUUGUUGCUGAGAUUGAUAAAAAAAUGAAAAAAUCAUCUCUGAAAAUUCACUCAGAUAAGGUAAAUGCUGGUGACGAUAAGCAAGCGGCCUUAAAUGCCUGCAGAUCACUAAUUAAAAAUGCUAGUGAAUUUUUUUUAGAAUAUAUUCAUAUUGAUUUUAAAUAUGAAUGUUAUAACAAAAUGAAGAUUAGUUCGUUAGGUACGAUGAAUUCGCUAAAUACAGGAUUUUUAAUGAGGUUAUCGCAAAUAUCAAGAACCAAGCAAGAGAAGAUAAUCACACCCACAUACAAGUUUUUAAAGGCAAGUCGUAGUAGCCUGGAGGAGUUCAUAAAAAGCAGAUCUUGUGACGGUUAUAGUAGUGAUUGGGCGCAAUAUACGUUUGAACAACACAGGGACGACGCAUUAAAUUACUUAACAUCAUGCAUUGAAGGAUGUGAAAAAUUUGACAGCCAAUGUAAAGAAGUACUGGAAGAAUGUAAGCAAGAUGCUGAAUUAAAUGACCUGCUGUACGAUUCGAUAUUUGACAUGUCAUCUAAAAAUAAUAAGCAAUUGGAGCAGUUACACAAGUUGAAAAAAUUUGCUGAAAAUGCCUUGCAAAAAACAAUAGGCAUUAUAGACAUGAAAGAAAUGGAUGAAUAUAUGGCGCUGCCUUUUGCCAUGUAUGUCGGCGCUUUAGCGUUAUGCAGCAACGCACCUGAAGGCAAAAAAGAUGAAGAGGUAUGUUGCACAUGGUUAAUAGAAAAAAUUUACUGUUUUUUUUAUUGUCUUACUGUUUCUACCGAUUCAUUACCUGUACACGUUUCAGUAGAGGUAGGAAAACAGCAGAAGGAUUUUAAUAAAAUAUUAAAUAAUUUAGGUUCUUAUCUUGAUGUCAGAAGAGAAAUAAGUUUUUUUCAAUUUGUUACGUCCAUAGAGAUAAUCAGCAAUAGAUUAGCCAAGCAGUUCAAUCUUAACCACUAUAAACCAAUCACUUUAGUGUUUUAUUUGGAAGAAUCACGCGAACUUGCAGCAAGAAUAGAGGUAUUUGCCAACAAAGUAGCGGAAGAUUUAGUCCACGCUAAGAGAAUUCUGCAAGACCAAGAAAAAAUUGGGGAAGGUUUUGCAGAGGUUAGAGAAGGUUUUGCAGAGGUUAGGGAAGGUUUUUCAGAUAUUAGGGAAGGUUUUUCAGAGGUUAGGGAAGGUUUUGUAGAGAUUGGGAAGGGUCAAGCGGAAAUUAGGGAAGGUUUUUCAGAUGUUAGGAAAGGUUUUGCAGAGAUUAGGGAAAAUCAAGCAAAACUGAAGAAUGGAGUACAAGCCUUUGAAGCAGACUUUGAUGAACUCCUUGCAGUGUUUACACAACCCCAACCAAGUGGUUCAUUUCCUGCACAAAACCCUCAACAAUCACCAAGAAGCUCAUUAAGAGAUUCAGAACCAUCACGUCAUAAUAAGUCUAUGAGUAGAGAUUAAUCCAAGUUCUAAAAUGCAAGAGGAAGCAAUAAAAUUUCUCACUGAAUACAGAAAAUACCAAGUAUUAUGGUGGGGCUUCGGCCCUACCCUGCUUGAAGAUCUGUGUCGCGAGAAAAAAUUUGAUGUUACAGAGUUUUUAGUUAAAAAGGACAAAUAUCAAUGCGCUGAACUGCUGAUGGAGUUUGGCGAUAGAAAAAAAUAUUGGUGGUUGCCAUGGAGUAAAAAGAUUACAGAUACUACUUUCAACAAGACAACACGUCGUCGGGCAUUUGAAUAUCACAAUUAUUCAUGGUUUUGGCGGGUAAUUCUUGGCUUGUUUACUCCAGUUUUGCUGCACCGCCAAGUUUUAAAGUGGAUUAAUAUUGGAUAUGGAGGGUAUAUGUAUAGAAGUAAUGGUCAGACGAUUGUAAAAAGUUAUUUAACAAUUGCUGCUGAUUUUAACACUGUUGGCGGGACAUUAAAAUCGCUCGGAUUUUCUGAGCCAUUGGAGGAGGGGCAAGAAGAAGUGCCGCUAUUGCAGCAACUUGAUGAUAGUCUUGAGAUGGUAAAGAGGAACAUGAAAACUGCAGAGCAACAUAGGCAAUUUGUUGCUGAGAUUGAUAAAAAAAUGAAAAAAUCAUCUCUGAAAAUUCACUCAGAUAAGGUAAAUGCUGGUGACGAUAAGCAAGCGGCCUUAAAUGCCUGCAGAUCACUAAUUAAAAAUGCUAGUGAAUUUUUUUUAGAAUAUAUUCAUAUUGAUUUUAAAUAUGAAUGUUAUAACAAAAUGAAGAUUAGUUCGUUAGGUACGAUGAAUUCGCUAAAUACAGGAUUUUUAAUGAGGUUAUCGCAAAUAUCAAGAACCAAGCAAGAGAAGAUAAUCACACCCACAUACAAGUUUUUAAAGGCNAAUUAAGAGGCAAAAAAAUGUAUCCAAGUGACAUAAGUGACAAAGAAUGGGAAAUACUAGAGCCAUACGUUGCACAAGGGGCAAUAGGAAGGCCAAGAAAACACGAUAUUAGAGCGAUUAUUAAUGCAAUAAGAUAUAUAAUGAAAGGAGGUUGUCAGUGGAGAAUGCUGCCAAAAGAUUUUCCGCCAUGGAAAACAGUAUACGACCACUAUUUCAGGUGGCGCAAUAAUGGAAAAUUACAACGAAUACAUGACUCUUUGGUAAAAAAGGUAAGAGAAAUGGCCGGCAAAAGAGCAACACCGUCUGUUGGAAUAAUAGACAGUCAAUCAGUAAAAACGACUCAAAAAGGGGGUCCAGAGGUUACGAUGCUGGAAAGAAGAUAAAAGGCAGGAAGCGCCAUAUUAUAGUGGAUACGUUGGGUCUUGUAGUCACAGCUGAUGUGCAUAGUGCAGGUGUGCAAGAUCGUGAUGGAGCAUUAGCUCUACUAAUAAAAGCAAAGCGCAAAACACUAACUUUGCAGAGAUUUUUUGCCGAUCAAGGAUACACAGGUGAACUGCAAAAGCGCUGUUUUCUGAAAACCGGAUGUCUACUCACAAUUGCUAAAAAAGAUCCAGAAGCUGAAGGAUUUCAGGUUAUUCCAAAACGUUGGAUAGUUGAAAGAACCUUUGCUUGGCUCUCCAAUUUUAGGCGCAUGAGCAAAGAUUACGAACAUUCUCCUCUUACCUCAAAAACCAAUAUUUUCUUUAAUAUGAUUACCGUUAUGCUUAAUAAAUUAGCUACUUAAAUGAUUUCAAGACAUCUUCUAAGAGAAUUCUGCAAGACCAAGAAAAAAUUGGGGAAGGUUUUGCAGAGGUUAGGAACAAUCAAGCUGAGCUGAGGGGGGAAAUGCAAGACUUUAGGGCAAACUUUAGAGCAUGGGCAGAGCAAUUACAAAACCCUCAACCCCAACCAAGUGGUUCAUUGAGUGAUGUGGAACCAGAACGCCAUAAUCAGUCUAUGAGUAGAGAUUAA